GUCCCGCCUGCCACAGCUUCAAGCUGCAAGGGAAACGGUUCAAGGGCAGCUACCGCCUAUGGCAGUCUAGCGCUCAUAUGACCGCUGAGGCGGCGAGUGUGCAUGCGUACAACCUGCUAGGGGGGCUGGGAAUUGGACGGGGGAGGGGUAGCGCUGCCGUCACUGCCAGAGCUCUAGGCCUGGCGAUGGCGACCGACGUGGAGUCGUCACUGGAGCUGAGCUUGUCGAGCAGCGGUGCAGAGCCCAGGACGCUGCCCCCCGUGCGCUCCCGCAUUUUCAAAAUCAUCGUCAUCGGGGACUCCAACGUGGGGAAAACGUGCCUCACUUUCCGCUUCUGCGCUGGCCACUUUCCAAAGCGCACCGAGGCCACCAUCGGAGUGGAUUUCCGUGAGCGCGCCGUCGCCAUCGACGGGGAGCGAAUUAAGAUCCAGCUCUGGGAUACAGCAGGGCAAGAGCGAUUCAGGAAGAGCAUGGUUCAACACUAUUAUAGGAACGUACAUGCUGUCGUGUUUGUAUAUGAUAUGACAAACAUUGCAAGUUUUCAUAGUUUGCCACUGUGGAUCGAGGAGUGCAAGCAGCAUUUAUUCACCAAUGAUAUACCCCGGAUUUUGGUUGGAAAUAAAUGCGAUUUGAGAAGUGCAAUUCAGGUACCUACGGACAUGGCACAGAAAUUUGCUGAUACUCAUAGUAUGCCACUUUUUGAAACAUCUGCUAAAAACCCUGAUGACAAUGAUCAUGUAGAAGCCAUAUUUAUGACCCUGGCUCAUAAGCUCAAGAGCCAUAAGCCAUUAAUGCUUAGUCAGCCACCUGAUCAUAGCACAAUACAGUUGGAAGCUGAACCAAAACCUGCGGUGACAUGUUGGUGUUAACUUGUAGUAUUUUUAAUCACUCUGUUUUGUGUACAAGUGCUUUAAGAGUGUGGCCUUGGUCAUAAUUCAGUGUAGCAGGAAGUAAGUUGGAUCUUUUUGGCACUUUAUUGUAUGCUUUAUGUCUAGGUAUAUUACAGUCUUCACACUUUGUAACUGUUGAAUCCAAAUUACUGCAGAUUCUGGAAACUGGCUUUUGAAGCUUGACAUAAUCCCAUUAAAGUAGUUUAUAGUUCAGAAUCUUUUCUCUGCUAAAAUAAGGGAAAUAUUAAAAUAUGCCAAUUUUCUAAUACCAUCUUAAACAGUGACACCUUUCUAAGGCCAUUGAAGUCAAUAGACUCAAAAGGGAGUAGGGUAACUUUGUUCAGGAUUUCUCUGUUAGUGUGCUGCCAGUUAACCAGUUCCAUAGGAAAGUAAAGUGUUACAAAGUAAUAAUGUAUACUUGGUAAAUGACUCCGAAAUUCAUAUUUCAGUUGCAUUAUUUUUACCAGUGCACAGUGGAAUUGAAAAAUUUGACUUGAAUGCUAGUAUUGGAUGUCUUUCACUUUCUUCUAAUUGCUUUUUAAUAAUCUCAGUAGGUUCAUGAAGGGAUGCAUAUUAACAGUUUUUCUGCAUAAAGAUGUAAUUUGAAACUCAAAA